UAAAUCAAAGAAUAUCAGUUUAAAAAAAAAAAAAUUAGAAAGAGCGGAAAAUUGUAUCUGAAGAGUUGUUUAAAAAAUGAUAUUAAUAAGAAUUAUUUUUAAACAAUGAAAUGAAUCUUGCAAUGUGUAAUAAAUAGCAACAAUAAGCAUAAAAUGACUUCUGAAGAAUGUUUUAUUUUAUUCGUUCGCUUCAUUUCGUGAACUGCUGCCACCUGAGUGUUAAUAAAUACUAAUGGAAUUACGAAAUAUGUGAAGAAUAUGUUUAGCUGGCAAUUAAUCUUUCACAUUUGCGGUAGAUAAAUGCUGUUAAAGAUAAUUAACUACGUGUUUGAGAAGAUUACCUGUGUUGUUAAAAUUCAAAAAAAUAUUUUAAUAAAUUAAUUAUCAUAUUCUGUAUCGGAUAUGCAUGCACACAAUAUGGAAGAAAAGAGAGCUAGUUGGAUAUAUGCUCCCGCAGAUGUGCUGGGAAUUGAAGUGAGCUGUGACGCAUAUUCACAUUUUGUGGAUACGUUUGAUAUAUAUGUUGAUGAUCGAGAACAACAUCGAGAAGAACUGCAUGUCGCACUAUGGGAAGCUUGCAGCAAGGGUGAUGUUAGUAAAGCAAAGCAGCUAAUAAAACAGCUUGGACGUGAAACUGAACUUAUAAUCAACAGCACUCCAAAUGGUUGCAGUACAUUACUUUUUAAAGCAUGUGAGGAAGGACAGAAAGAAAUUGUAAAAUUGCUUCUUGAAAAUGGUGCAGAUGGUCGAAUACACCCUGUGACAAAAUAUUCUCCUUUAUAUAUUGCUUGUUAUUAUGGACGAAAAGAUAUUGCAGAAAUUCUUAUAAAAAAAUUCCCUGAACUUGUGGUUGUUGCAACUGUAGAAAAAUGGCUUCCAAUUCAUGCAGCUGUGAUCAAUGGCCAUGUAGCUGUUUUAGAUCUUCUUUUAAAAUACCCUUAUGAUCAAUUUGUGCUUCAAAAAUUCAUGGAUAAAACACAACAAUGGGAAUACUUCUUUCCUUUUGAUAUAAAUGCUAAAGAUGUCACUGAACAGACUGUGUUAUAUGUUGCCUGUCUAGUCGGUAAUCAGAGAAUUGUGGACCUUCUUUUGAAAUUCCGGAUUCCUGCAAAAAAGGUAAAAAAAGAUGAUGCUAGUCCUGAUCAGGAGAAAAAAAAUGAAGGACAAAAGUCUGAGUCCAAUAUUAGUCCAACAAAAAAGCGCUUGUCUAAUGGUAUCCAAAAUAUGAUAUCGAGGUUAAGUCUUAGGAACAAUGUAGAAAAAGAAGAAGAACGUUCCGAAACUGAAAUUUCUCCUGUUGAUUUAGAUUUGUAUUGCAAUAAUAAUACUGAAACUGCUUUGCAUAUAGCUGUUAAAAAGAAGUAUCAUAGUAUUGUUCAGCUUUUACUUCAAAAUGGAGCUAAUCCUAAUAUUAGUAUUAAACAAUCCGUUGAAGAGUUGAACCGAGCCAACGAAAGUUCUGGUUCCACGUCUACUGCACUUGUUGAGGCUUGCAAGAACCGUGAUGUAAAUAUGGUCGACUGUCUUGUUCGUUAUGGAGCUCGUGAUGAUAACUGCAAAGCUUUGAAGGUAGCUAGUUCAAAUAAAGAUGAGCAUAUAGCAUCUAAGUUAUUAACUCUGAAAGCAUAUCAAGAUCCUGAAUUUAAAAUUAAUAAAAAGGCUCUUGAAAUUAAUCCGUCAGCUCAUCUAGGUGGCCUGCUAGGAAGUGUGACUUUUAGUUCUAUGUUUCCAACCACUCCGGUCAUGAUAAAUUGGCAUGGACAAAAGUGCCUGCAUUAUAUAAAAGAAGAGUGGUUAAUAAAUGCCAGUAUGGCCCAUAAUGUUAAGUUAAAAUUAACUGCCAGAAGUCAAAGCACAGCUUUGAUGGCAAUUACAAGGUUAGACAUAUCUAAUAACCAAUUGACUGAACUGCCACUUUGUAUUUUUCAGAUGGCAUCUUUGAGACAUUUUAAUGCAGCUAAUAAUAAAAUAUUUAAAUUGCCGGAGGCUGGCAAGACUACUUCUUCUCCCAAAGGUAAACGUGAUGCACGGACUGUAAACCAAUCUGGAUGGUGUUGUCCAGUUUUAGAAGAGAUCCAUCUUCAUGAUAAUAGACUCGAUAGUGUUCCUGCUUGUCUCUUUACUCUGCCUGCAUUAACAGUUUUAGACUUAUCAAAUAACAAACUACAAACUUUACCUUUCAAAAUGUGGUCUGCUCCUAAACUAAGAGAGCUAAAUCUUUCAUUAAAUAUGUUACACGAUCUACCUUCAAAACCUCCACCGGUGCGUUCAAUAUCUGCAUCUCGCUUAGCUCCCAGCAUAUCUGAAGACCCGGCAACUUCUACUGAAUCUAGUCCUCGACAUUCCACAGUCGAAACUUCAUCACUGGAAAGUUCGACAGAAAUUCCAAAUCUGUUAUCACCUUCACAAGACUUAGAGAAAAGGUUUAAUGUUGAUGGAGAUUUAAGGCAUCAAGAAUUAUUACAUCAUAAUUUAUGGAGUGCAACAGUCAAAGUUGUGGAAUCAGCUAACGAAAAUGGAACUGAAAAGAACCAAAAAUGCCAACUAUCUGCUCUGAAUCUAGCACACAAUGCAUAUGAAAUUGUGCCUCCUAUCUUGGCAUGUUUUGCUGUAAACUUAGCUAGGCUUAACAUGAGUUAUAAUCGCCUAACUGAAAUGGGGCCAGUAAGCAGCUAUCCGGCUUGUCUAAAACACUUAGAUCUUUCUCAUAAUCAUGUGAAGACAUGGUUUUCUUCAAGAAGGAUAGAUCCUGAUCCAAAUAUUGAUGGUACUGGAUGCUACAGUCAGUUUGAAGCAAGCACUGUAAAAAUAAAAUCUUCUGCAUCUACUGGUUCAGGACGAACUCAGUCUCCUUCAUUGCAUUCGUGGGGCUCAGCUAAGUCACUCACUGGGUCUGUGUGCCAGCAUAGACGUCAUAUAAAACUGGACAACUUAAGGACACUCAUAUUAGCUGAUAAUGUAUUAGAUCAUUUGGUACUGAUGCUAGAAGAUGAUGAUUUUGAAGAAGAAGAUUCUAGGUCAUCAGAAUCUUUUGAAACAGUUGAUAGUACUGGAAAGACCAUCCAGCCAGAUAUCAAGAGCAAGAUUUUAUUUCCAAAUCUUUCCAUGCUCGAUGUUAGUAAUAACAGGAUAUCUGAAGUUCCAGCUACUAUUUCUGAAUUUAGUAAUCUUUCCGUUUUAAAUUUGAGUGGCAAUACUGAGAUCUGUCAUCUGCCUCCGGAAAUGGGACUGCUUAGUAAACUGUGGAAUUUAAAUACUCGAAUGUGCAAUCUCAGCGAGCCAUUACGAAGUAUGAUUGACAGCAAGAAGUAUAAAACCAUGGAUGUUAUUGGCUAUUUAAAGUCAAUUCUAGAAGAUGCUAAACCAUAUGCUCGUAUGAAAUUGAUGAUUGUUGGUAUUGAAGGCAUAGGAAAAACAUCUUUACUGGAGCAACUGAGGCUUGAAGGUACAGGGACUUACCGAAAAAAACCUCCAGAACACUGGGCAAAAAGAAUGGGAAACAAGAAUAUCAAUUUAAAAACAGCAAAAGGUAUAAACAUAUCAACUGUUGGAGUAGAUGUUGGUGACUGGAUGUACGAGAAGAAAAUUCGUGGUCAGUCAAGCUAUGGCCCCGUUGUUUUCCGAACUUGGGAUUUUGGUGGUCAGAAAGAAUACUAUGCUACGCAUCAGUAUUUUCUUUCAAAAAGAUCUCUGUAUCUUGUUGUUUGGCGAAUCAUUGAUGGUGAGAGAGGAGUAGAUGGUAUUUUGCAAUGGUUAGUCAACAUUCAGGCACGGGCUCCGAAUGCUCCAGUGAUUAUUAUUGGCACUCACUAUGACCUGGUAAAAGAGCGAUUUCCACCAUCUUAUUCUGAAGAUCUACAGCAGAUGAUUCGGGAUCGUUUCAUCAAUGUUGUGGAUGCCGAUAAAUGUGGCUUGCCAAGAGUGAUCGAUACAAUAGAAAUCAGUUGCAAAACUAGACAUAAUAUUAAAUUGCUGUGCAACCUUAUUUAUGAUACAGUUUUUGAUUUAAAGUGUCCAGGAAGUAAAGAAAGAUUGUUAGAACAAAAGAUUCCUGCGACAUAUCUAGCCUUAGAAGAUGUUGUUGGCUAUUUAGCUGUUGAGCGUCAUGUUCAAGGCAAAGAUCCAGUUUUAAGAGCAGAAGCUUACAGGAAUUUAGUGAUGCAGGAAAUGAUGCAGAGAUAUAGCAUAGCUUUCAGAGAUCUUUCAGAGUUAAAUCAAGCAACAACUUUUCUUCAUGAAAAUGGUAUUUUGUUGCAUUAUGAAGAUGCAACUUUGAAGGAUCUCUACUUCCUUGACCCACAGUGGUUGUGUGACAUGCUGGCUCAUGUGGUUACAAUUAGAGAAAUUAAUCCAUUUGCCAGGAAUGGCAUUAUGAAAAUUGAAGACCUGAAACAUGUUUUUAAAUCAUCUCAGUUUGCACCUUCUGAUGCACAGACUUAUAUUUUGAACUUGCUGAAUAAAUUUGAAGUUGCCCUAACAUGGGAUAACCGUACUAUUAUUAUUCCUUCUCUUUUACCUUCUGAAGAACAACUGAGAGCUGGGUUUCCUGGCUGUGAUGUUAGGGUUCCUGUUAGAUCCAGAGUAUGGGCUAUGCGUAAAAGCUAUGGAAAUAGGCAUUCUGUUGGCAGUACACCACUUACAUUAAAACUGACAACUACUGAAAGGCGCCCCCAGAGACCCGUGAGCGAGGUUCCUCUAACAGCAGAUAGUAUAAGUGCUCCCAAAGUAGCCGAUCCAUUGGAGAAGGAUUCCGAAAAUUCUCCUGGCAUAACAUGCUAUGUUCGACACAAAACACAGAUUGAAAAUGUUAUACGUCGUCUUUUGCUGAUGUCAUAUUUUCCCAGUGGAUUCUGGUCUCGCUUGAUGACCAGAAUGUUGGCAGAUGAUAUCGUGGUUGAAAUAAUUCGAUCAUAUUUUCUUCUUCCAAAAGAUACAGACAUGGAUCCACUACUCGCAGCUGUGUUUAAUCGCCGUGCCGAGUGGAUAUGUUGGCAGACUGGCAUGGAAUUAAGAUAUCUGGACACAACUUUGUUUCGUAUGAAAGAACACUUGAGUCACUUGAAUAAUGCACCUUUUGAAUAUCGACAGAUGAAGUUUUUUGUGCAACAAGAGGGUGCUUGGAGUGAUAUCGAGAUUAUUAACUCUGCUAUCUUAGAAAUUAUUUUGCCAAAUCAGGCUGUUGUUAUUCAGAUACCAAAAGUUGAUGCUGAAGGCAUCAUUGUUGCAUAUGAUAAUGUUGAACUCCAGCCCAAUUCUGAAUGUGUUGCAAAGCUUCUUUCUGUGUCAGUUGAUCAUAUUGAUACCCUACUGGAAGACUGGUACCCAACAUUGGGGACUAGAUUUGUACAUACAUCAGAAGGAAAAUUUUUAGUCACUCGCAUAGUUCCUUGCACCCAGUGUAUCGUCGCUCAUGUGAAAGAAGAGACAGGUUCCUCCGACAAAGGACACUUUUCUGUUACCGACCAUGCAUGGGAACCUGGCCCUUGGCACGGUGAUCCACCUUGGAAAAGUGGAGCUGAAUCUUAUGCUUCAAGAAAUUUAUCAACAGGCAGUAGUAAAUUAUCAUAUUCUCCGAACCUUGCUCAAAAAAACAGAGGCUCUCGGAGUAGCACAAUGUCUCAUGAUAGUGACAGUGGUGUAGGCCCUGAUAGCAACAGUUCUAGUCGCAAACCUUCCACGGAAAGUCGGCCUGAGGGCGAGUUAACUUCUAGUGUAGAGAAUAAUUUGUGUAUUGAAACCUUACCAGAAACUGUGAUCUAUAGCUUCAUGGUUGAAGAAUGUAUCUUAACUGCUUAUGAGCAAAGAUCUCUUCAGUGUCCUUUGCAUGGAAAUCAGUCUUUGUUACAAAUUGCUCCAGAUACAGUAUUUGUUGAUCUUGGAGAACGCUAUUUAAUCCCUCCUGAUUCGGUUCGAAGAGGGAAAAUGCUCGGCCGUGGAGCAUUUGGUUUUGUUUUCAAAGCAAAUGUUAAACAAAGGGGUUGUAACACUUACACGGAAGUAGCUAUGAAAAUGCUUCAACCAGUAGAUCCUGGUUUUGGUGCCAAACAGUCUGAUACUGCUGCUUUUAAAGCAGCUUGGAAUAAAUGGCAGAGGGAUCCUUUACAGUAUGCCUGUAAAGCGUAUUGUACAGCAAGACAAGAAUUAAAUAUUUUACUCUCUCUACGCCAUCAGAAUAUAGUGCCUUUAGUUGGGGUAUGCACAAGACCUCUUGCCCUUGUUCUUCAGUUGGCACCAAUGGGAGCUUUAGAUUCAAUUCUAAAAAAUUACAGGAGAUCUGGUGCCAAGCUGGAUGUAUAUGUGAUGCAAAAGAUAAUCUUUCAGAUUGCGAAAGCUUUGGAGUACCUGCAUCAGCAACAUAUCAUAUAUCGAGAUCUAAAAUCAGAAAAUGUUCUUGUAUGGGAACUUCCACCUCCAUUCCAUUCAUCCUCUCCCAUUCCUACUGUUGAAACGAAGUUAGCUGAUUAUGGGAUCAGCAGGUCCACUCUUCCUACUGGUACAAAAGGGUUUGGUGGCACCGAAGGCUUUAUGGCACCUGAAAUAAUGAGAUAUAAUGGUGAAGAGGAAUACACAGAGAAGGUUGACUGUUUCUCUUUUGGCAUGUUCAUGUAUGAACUAAUUACUCUCCACCAACCAUUUGAAGGGCAAGAAUGUGUCAAAGAUCAUAUUCUAGAUGGUGGGAGACCAUCACUUACUAAAAGAGAAAUGUCAUAUCCAACUUAUAUUCUUGAUCUCAUGACUCUGUGCUGGUCCCAGCAGCCAAAAGACAGGCCAUCAGCAAGUCAGAUAGUUUCCAUAGCUCAAGCUCCAGAACUAACUCAUCUGAUUGAUGUGGCUUCCUUACAUGAUCAAAUGGCUGUUUUAAGUGCUUGUGUUACAGCUUUACCCCCUAAAAGUGAAGAGCAAAAUGCACAAGAUAAUCAAUGGGAGUUAUGGUUUAGCAGAUUAGGAAAACAAAUGGAUAUUUUAACUUGUAGCCAAAAGUCAUGGCUAGAAUAUAAGACAUUAACUCUAGAAACUGUUACUGUUACCUGCUUAUGUGUUGUAGACGAUAAUUUAUGGCUAGGAGACUCCAAAGCUCGUAUUCACAUAUACAACAUUGCCGACCACACGAUGACGACCUCUUUUUGUGUGGAUCCUCAUGCGCCAACUGUGUCUGCCAUAAGGAGUAUGUGUACAUUGCCUGGCCAAAAUGGUGUUGCGAUGGCGACUAGUGGAGGUCAGCUAUGGUUGUGUUGCAUGGAUGAAUCUAAAACAGUGGAGAGAGAGGAAGAUGCUGAGAAUGAACCUGUUCAUUACAAUAUUGAAGAACUGGCAAAUAGUGGAGGAUCUAUAUUCUGCAUCACUGCUAUUGAUUUAGGAAAUAAAAGUUGUGAACUAUGGUGUGGUCAAACACAAGGAAAAAUUUCCAUCUAUUCAGCAAUAGAAUCUUCAGUUACAAACCAAGAAAUCGUCUACCAUUAUGAUCCUGUUGUGGACAACUUGGAUGUUUAUCAGCUAGUAGGCGGUUUUUCCGAAAAACCGAUCGUGUGGUCUUAUGUUUAUCCAGGUUGUGUUGCAUACCAGUGGGAUACAGUUAAUAGAACAAUUUUACACAAAUUAGACUGUUCAAAACUUGCACCUUGUUCUGAAAGCCUCAUGUCCAUCAGCAUUGAAGAACACCUAAGUCCUGGAAGGUGUCAAGUGACAGCCAUGGCAAGUGUAGGAAGUGACUUAUACAUCGGUACUACGUGGGGGUGCAUUGUUGUUGCAGAAGGGACGACAAUGAGGCCCAUAACCGUAUUUCGUCCUUUCGAAGAGGAAGUCAAAGCUAUACUGCCUCUUCUCUCCAGGAAAACACCAGAAAACAAAGAGUCUUGUUCAUCACAAAAUGUUAAUUCAGUCCCUUACAUUGCAACAGUGGGCAAAGGUUACCGUAAUCUCAUUGGACGUUAUGCCUCCAUUAAUGCUCCUGUCUUACUGCAAGACAACAUGUAUUUAUUGUUAUGGAGAGCAGAUAACUGGGCACCUACAUAACUUAAAAUAUUUGUAUAUAGAAAGACUUGUAUGAAAUCAAGUUUGUACAUUAUAAUCAUUCAGGGCAUUUCAUUUACAUCCCUAUUGUGAUAUGUAUAUUUUAUGUGUAAUUUAUCUAUUAUGAAUAAAUAGUUUAGCUUUUUA